GACAAGCCCAACCGGACGGCUGCAGAGGGCGAGAAGGGCAGACGGGACGUGCAGCCUCUUCCGCCUGAGCCCCGGAAGGGUGAUGUGGCUGCGGCAUCGCCGGCCUCGCUAUGUCUGCCAUUUUCAAUUUUCAGAGUCUAUUGACUGUAAUCUUGCUGCUUAUAUGUACCUGUGCUUAUAUUCGAUCCUUGGCACCCAGCCUCCUGGACAGAAAUAAAACUGGAUUGUUGGGUAUAUUUUGGAAGUGUGCCAGAAUUGGCGAACGGAAGAGUCCUUAUGUUGCAGUAUGCUGUAUAGUAAUGGCCUUCAGCAUCCUCUUCAUACAGUAGCUGGGGAAAAUGCCAGAAUUUAGUUGCCAUCAGAUUUGAUUGUGAACAAGGACUGACUGCAGAAAAUAAUGGAAAGGAUGUUUAACUCUUUUAUCUCCGAACAUUGAAUGAGAUAAAUUUCCAGAUGCUGUUCUCUAUUUUAAUGUUAUUGGACCAAUGUUCUGUAUAAACAAUUAAGAUGUAACCAUUUAAUAGUCUGUAACAAUCAACCUCAGUACUGUCACUACAAUAUUACAUUCUGCAUAUGUUAUUCUGUUGUAUCAGAUACGAAAUUUUAGUGAGGUAUCUCUAAGGCACAUAGUAGAAAACAAAAUUGGUUAAUUACUCAAGUUCCUUUCACUGUGAUUUGGAAAUGAUUUAAUCUUUAUAGAAUGAGACCCUUUUUUGGACUAGCUUUUUUAUUAAAAUGGCUCAAUUUGUGUUGAUAAGGAUUGCAUUAAUAUUUAAUAGUGCUUGCUUUUCCUCUGGGCACACCAUUUUGAUCAUUAACCAGAGUACCUCUACUCUUAGCAAACUCUAGUUUAUGACAAGUAUUUAAAAUAUUUAAAACAAGCUUAUGCAGUUUUUAAGGACGAAGGUAAAUGAGAUGUAACUUAAAAAUACUAUUGGGAAAAUGUUGAUAUUUAACAUUAGUGGAUUUAGACUAGCCAAAUGACAUAGUAGGCUCUGAAACAUCUUGUCAAGUAUAUGUAUUUUGUGCAUGAAUUUUUGCCGGAAAGCUGUCUUUCUCUGAAAAACACAACAUUCUUAGAAUGAAAAGAACAAUUAUAAAAUAAUUAUCCUAUAUGUGUUUUUCAUUCUUUUUAGUGUCAUGGCUUCAAAAAUGAAACAUUUAUUUUAAUUGCCGUAAAGGAACUGUAUUUUUGUUUUGUUUUUUAACACAGCACUUUAAAUCCAGUUUGUGUUUUGUCAACUUGAACUGGAAUCUCUUUUGUUACUUUGGAGGUGAUAAAUAGUUUUCAAAUCUACUGAUUUGUAUACUGUGGCACAAGUAUCUUUGAACUUUGAUAGUGAAAGGAGACCUUCAACAAUUUUUAGUCUAGGCAAGAGGAAUAUUAGGAAUGUGACUUCUAAAUUUUACAAUAGAGCAGUUAUUUUAAGGUCAUGGUUAACAUUUCUUAAGGUUCAACUAAAAUUCAGUUAAAAUUUCAGAGCUACGAGGAACUUAAAUCUUAGCUAAAAAUUACCUGUUGUAGAUAGUAUUAAUUAGAUUGUUUGCAGCUAUUAAUUCAUCAUAAAGAUAAAAUGAACAAACUUCCUUUUUUUAAACAAAAAAAGAAAAUUAUUUCUAGAUUAAUAGGCUAGUAGUUAUUUCUGCAGAAACAAAGUAUGGAACUGAAAGCCACCUAUUUUUAUUUUAGACUAAUUUAAACCACUUGGAAUGGAUUCUAGGAAACAUCUUAAGCUUGUGUGUUGCCUGUGGUGGUUUUUUGUUUGGGGGUGUUUUUUGGUUUUGGUUUGAUUUUCUGUAUUUUGUUAUCUGGGGAUUUUUUGUUUGUUUGUUUUGGUUUGGUUUUGGUUUUAUAUUUUUGGCAUGUCUAUGGCAGUUAAAAGUGGUAUAUUUUGCUUUAGAUAGGGAAUCAGGUUAUAAUCAUUGUUCUUCCUCUAAACUGCCUCUUGGGCUUUACAUCAGGUCAAGGAUUUUUAGGGUUUCUCAAAAAUAGGAUUCUUGUCAGUGUAUCCAUGCUGAGUAAGUCACCUUUCUGGCUCUAAUUUCUGGGUGGCCAUCUGUUGUCCAGCUCUGCUGCCAACUGGACUUUCCAAAAGCCAUGUCAACUAAUUUUUUAUAUGCUAAGACAAAUCGAAUAUGAAAAGAGGAAGAAUAUUCUAGAUAUUCUAAGACAUUUCUUAAUUUGGCAUCUCAGAGGAGGUAGGUGGAAAGUAAAGGAAGAGAUAAUUUUGGGGGAAAAUUUGUGGAAACAUACAAAACGUUUUGCUUUGUAUAGAUGCUAAACAGAGUGGGAGGCAGCAUAUUUGUAACAACAACCAUUCUGACCUUUUGAAACACAAGCUUUUGGAGAAGUCAGGGAGAGACACAGUAUGAAUAAAAGCAAUUAACAUUUUCUUUAAUGUAUAUUUUUCAAAGAGGACCACUGAAUCCUGUUCUCUAACCCAAGGGGCAGUGUAGGUGGUUUUAAGCCCACAGAAUAUUGAGAUAUUUCUCUUGUGGUUUUGGUGGGGUGGUGGGAUGCAGAAGGUUAUUAAAGAUCAAUUUAAGCAUCAGAUAGACUAUCUCUUUUAUUUUUUUAACUUUUAGGUUCAGGGGUACAUGUGCAGGUUGUUAUAUAGGUAAACUCAUGUCAAGUGGUUUUGUUGUACAGAUUAUUUUGUCACCCAGGUGCUAAGCCUAGUACCCAGUAGUUAUUUUCCCUGCUCUUCUCCCUCCUCCCACCCUCCACCCUCAAGUAGGCCCCAGUGUCUGUUGUUCCUUUCUUUGUGUCCUUGAGUUCUCAUCAUUUAGCUCCUACUUCUAAGUGAGAACAUGUAUUUGGUUUUCUGUUCUGUGUUAGUUUGCUAAGGAUAAUGGCCUCCAGCUCAGAUGGAAUAUCUCUAUCAUAUAGACCUGUUGUUACAGGGCAGGAUCGGAUGAUGGACACUGAAGUCCUCAGCUUGCUAAGUUCAGUUGCUCUCCCUAGCCUCCUUUUGGCUUCAGAGUCUUUUGAUUCCAUCUAUCCUGGUAUUUUUUGUGUGCUGAUGUUUAGUUCUGGAUUGGCUUCAGCUGUGCUAAUAGGAAGGGCGUUGUCUUUUCAAGCAAUCUUAAAAGGUGGUCAAUCAAAAGGCCAGAGUCUGAAUCCCUUCUGUGGCUUAAAUAAUUUGAGGAUCAAGUCCAGUGUCUUGUUAAUCCCUGUUCUACUGUGCCAGACACUAUCUUGAAUGCUUUUAUAUGUUCAGGUUCAAAAUCGCUCUUUCAUACCAGGGGAUGAUAGUAACGUGUAACUUGCAAUAGAUUCCUUCAUCUUAGUAAUAAGAUGAUCAGUCUAGUUAGGACAAAAUAGAGAUUGAAUAAAUUAACUUUUCCAAGUUUACAGAGUAAAAAUGAGCAGAUCUCUGCCUGGUUUUGUGAAAAAGAGUUAGCACCGGUAAAUAGAAUAUUUCUACUCCUACACCAUUCUUUCAGUAUAUCAUCACUGAAGACAGGAAGAUAGGCACACAGAUUCUUCCUCGUAGUAAUUCAUAGUGCACUAGGUGAAAGAGAUGAAGUAUGUAUUAGAAGUACAAUGUGAUGGCAUUUAUUAUUCAGAUAAUCCCAGGAUUCUAGAAGAAAAUAAAGAAGAGUGACAGUUCAGUUAGGGUGUGAACUUCCAGAGGAGCACUGCUUAAGCUGAACUUGAGAGCAUUGUGCAAAAGCACAGUAGUCUGUUAAGAACUAGAAAUAACCUAGCUUGUGCCACUUCGGGAGUAUUAAGACAUAAGCCUAGAAAGGUAGACAAAGGUUAGAUCUUAGACUGUCUUGUAUUUUUCUCAUUCCUGUUGAUUACCUACCUCAAAAUUGAAUAUGUUUUUCCUCCUGCCUAACACAAAACUACUCAAGGGCAGAAAUUUAAAUUCUUCCUUGGUGUAUGUGCAAAGAAGGUUGAAUAUAUUCAUGCCUACCUUAUUUUGGACUAGGAAUACAGUAGUAUACUUUCCGAAGACUUGCCUGAAUAGUAUAUAAGGUGGAGGCAACUGACUAGUUAGGUCAGUAUUUUUAGAAACUCUUAAUAGCUCAUACUCUUGAUACCAAAAGCAGCCCUGAUUGUUAAAGCACACACCUGCACAAGAAGCAGUGAUGGUUGCAUUUACAUUUCCUGGGUGCACAAAAAAAAAUUCUCAAAAAGCAAGGACUUAGGCUUUUUGCAAAGCCUUUGAGAAGUUACUGGAUCAUAGGAAGCUUAUAACAAGAAUGGAAGAUUCUUAAAUAACUCACUUUCUUUGGUAUCCAGUAACAGUAGAUGUUCAAAAUAUGUAGCUGAUUAAUACCAGCAUUGUGAACGCUGUACAACCUUGUGGUUAUUACUAAGCAAGUUACUACUAGCUUCUGAAAAGUAGCUUCAUAAUUAAUGUUAUUUAUACACUGCCUUCCAUGACUUUUACUUUGCCCUAAGCUAAUCUCCAAAAUCUGAAAUGCUACUCCAAUAUCAGAAAAAAAGGGGGAGGUGGAAUUAUAUUUCCUGUGAUUUUAAGAGUACAGAGAAUCAUGCACAUCUCUGGUUAGUUCAUAUAUGUCUAGUGUGUAAUAAAAGUCAAGAUGAACUCUCAA